AUGCCUCAAAACGUAUGCGCCGUUUCUCUUCUUCAGUCGCUGCCUCAAAACAAGCAUAUCCGCUUUCAGACAUCCUGGAUAGCCGACAGCUACGAUAAAUACUUCUCGACUCGACGCAAUCCUUCUAGACAAGCUCGCCCAGUUGCCACACGCCUGGUCGACGAGGAGACGGACCCAGAACCGUCCCCAAGGCGCUGUCGUAGCGAGUCGCGAAGUUCAAGCAGAUCGUCGACGGGCGGCCCACGCAGGGGACCAUAUCUGAAGCCACACGAGCGCAGAGAGCGGCUGGAGAAUACGCCUCAUGUCACAUAUGCCUUAGACGAUACAGGCCUGUGCAUCGUAGCGACAUGCACGCUCUGUGACAGAACAUAUCAGCUCGAUAAACGUGGCAAAAGUACGAAGAAUGGCGGAUAUUACUUCUCUAACCUUCAGAGGCAUUUGAAUCGGCGAACCCACAAGGAGAGAGAAGCCGCGUACGACAGGCAACGCGAGGAGAUCCUCAACCAUUUAUUAAGGGCAUCGAGCCCCUUGACCCCUCCACCCGAAGAUCUCGAGAGCGACGCUUCGUCGACGGUGGCCACUGAGGAAGAUGAGCCGCUGGAGUUCACUGAGUCCAGUGGAGCCGCGAGUAUUGAAGGCCACGAGGAACACAGGACUCACGAAGCAAUACGACACAAGGUUGUGUCCUCGAUUCCUAGCAGAACAUUGUCUCCACCACCUACGACGUCGAAUAUCGCCACCCAGGGUUCUACCUCUCUGGUACCUUAUCCAUUGGCGCACGUCGAGGAUGCCCAUCUGCUGUUGGAGGUGUCGAAGAGAGCUUAUAUGGAGUACGAGGAGCGACGCUUUGGGAACGAGAAGCGCGGUUGUCCCAUUUGGCGGCUCUACUGCCAUCAGCAGGACUAUCUUACGCCUGGUCGAGUUUAGGCCGUCUUUCUCGAUUUAAACUUGUUCACGAGCAUACAUACCUUCGUUCCUUUAAAAACAUACUGUUGUGGAAGUAGAUAGAAAAACUUAAUCGUAUUCGCUUUUCCA